AUGUGGAUCAUAUCAUUUUGGGUCUUCCCCGUCAUAUCGGCGUGUACAUGGAUCGCCAUGCUGAUUGCGAUGCUGGCGACGUGGGCGAGAGAAGGCUCGCCGAUAUAUGCCAGUAUGGAGCCGGGCCAGACGAUCGCGUAUAUUUCCGAUAUUGGAGCGCAGGGCCUGAAGCCGCUGUUCAUUGCAGGCAGCUGCGUCACGGUCGUUUUUCUCGAUCUUUCGUUCCUGUCAGAGCGGUGGUUGCGACACGCGGGCCAAUUGGUGCCGAACAGGGGCCUUUUCGACAAGGCCUGCGCCAUCGCUUCGAUCUGCUUCUCAAUCGCAGGUGCCCUGGGGCUGAUUCUGCUGUCGAUCUUUGAUACCCUCCGUCAUCCGCAUAUGCAUGAUGGCUUUUUGGUUAUGUUCUUGGUCGCAUACUUAAUCAGCGCCAUUCUCAUUUGCUGUGAAUAUUGGCGUCUGGGCAUCUUUUACCGCUCGCAGCAUCGGAUUCUGCUGGCCAGUUUCGUGAUCAAGCUCUCGUUCGUGAUCAUUGAGAUUGCGCUCGCCAUUGCCUUUGGGGUCCUGGGCAGAAAGGGUGGUCGGUACAGAAACGCGGCGGCUGUUUUGGAAUGGGUGAUCGCGCUCGUCUUCACAUUCUAUGUCCUCUCCUUCGUAAUCGACCUGCUGCCAUCGGUGCGCACCCGCCGCCAUGUCCCGCAAGGCGAGAAGAUUUCCCGAGCCGGGCAGAUGAAUGGCUAUUCCAACGGAACGACGAAUGGGAGAGAAGAGACCUACGAGGAGCCGGUGACGAUGGACUCGGCCGGUCCGAAUGCCAGCUACUACCGCGGCCAGCGAAUGUGA